GGGGUGCCCGACGCCGGUUAUGCGCAUGCGUGGAAGCAUCGGGUCGCCGAUUGGAGGCCGUGAGUCACGGGGCGGCGUGCGGAGGCCUGAGGGGGCGGGGCCGGCGGGCGCGCGCCGCGCUACGAGGUCUCUGGUUGGCCAGCACGAAUCACGUGAUUCCGGGUAGCUGGGGGCGCGCGCCCGUGCGACGUCAACGCAGCCCGCUAAGCUCCCCUGACCUGUGUCCCCGGCCGGCCCGGCUGAGUCCUCCGAGGGGCCUGGGGCGGGUGGUUUGCUGGGUAUCUUUGCGGCCACGAUGGACAACUCCGGGAAGGAAGCGGAGGCGAUGGCGCUGCUGGCCGAGGCCGACCGCAAAGUGAAGAACUCGCAGUCCUUCUUCUCGGGGCUCUUUGGAGGCUCGUCCAAAACAGAGGAAGCCUGCGAAAUCUACGCCAGAGCAGCAAACAUGUUCAAAAUGGCCAAAAACUGGAGUGCUGCCGGAAACGCCUUCUGCCAGGCAGCCCAGCUGCAUCUGCAGCUCCAGAACAAGCACGACGCCGCCACCUGCUUUGUGGACGCCGGCAACGCGUUCAAGAAAGCUGACCCCCAAGAGGCCAUUAACUGUUUGAUGAGAGCAAUCGAGAUCUACACAGACAUGGGCCGGUUCACCAUCGCAGCCAAGCACCACAUCUCCAUCGCUGAGAUCUACGAGACGGAGCUGGUGGACAUCGAGAAGGCCAUCGCGCACUACGAGCAGUCUGCAGACUACUACAAGAGCGAGGAGUCCAACAGCUCGGCCAACAAGUGUCUGUUGAAGGUGGCUGGAUACGCCGCGCAGCUGGAGCAGUAUCAGAAGGCCGUUGACAUCUACGAACAGGUGGGGACCACCGCCAUGGACAGCCCCCUCCUCAAGUACAGCGCCAAGGACUACUUCUUCAAGGCGGCCCUCUGCCACUUCUGUAUCGACAUGCUCAACGCCAAGAUCGCUGUCCAGAAGUACGAGGAGCUGUUCCCCGCUUUCUCCGACUCCCGGGAGUGCAAGCUGAUGAAGAAAUUGCUAGACGCCCAUGAAGAGCAGAACGUGGACAGCUACACCGAGGCGGUGAAGGAGUUCGACUCCAUCUCCCGGCUGGACCAGUGGCUGACCACCAUGCUGCUGCGCAUCAAGAAGACCAUCCAGGGCGAGGAGGAGGACCUGCGCUAAGCCCCGCCCCCGGCACCUGUCUUCAGCCCCUCUGCUUUCCCCAGUGGCCCCUCCAGACACUGCGUGAGCCCCGAGAGGUGGCCCAAGACCUGGCUGGGACCUUCCCUCCCUUCCCCCCAGGAGGCUCGCAGGCCACAGUGCAGGCUCCACACUGCCUCGGGGCCCUGGAGGCCGGCCUGCUGGCUACACAGUCACCCUCUAUUCUCGCACCCCUCGUCCCUCCCCGGCCCGUUUAUUUAAGCCCCAAAGAGACCCUUUUCCACCCCGAAGCACAGAGUCUGUGGCAUAGACCGGUCAGCUGUGGGUGCCGCCAGGGGGUGGGGUCAGCAUCUGACCCUCCAUCGCCUGACCGGCUGGGGCCGGAGCGUGAGGUUGGUUCCUGUCUCCCCACUUCUGUCCCCCAGCCAAGCGCUGAGCACAUGCAGCAGCAGCUGAGAUUGGCUCUCUGCUGUGGGGGAGUUCCCCCUCCCCCCAGCACCGGGAGCCUCCCAGCCUCCUGCCGCCCAGCCUCCCAGGAGAGACCCCAGGCCCCGGAGCAGGGGUCAUCCUGCACCCGCCCCACAUCUGCUGCCAUUGUGCUCUGAGGUUUUGUUUGGGGGGAAGCUGCAACUGGCCCCCAAAAGAAAAUAAAAAACAACACUUUUGCAUGA